AUGGGUAGCUUAUUAGUUAAUUCGCUACUGACGUAACCAGGAAAUAAAAACACUUUGUAAUAACCCGAGUUUCGGUUUCGAUAGUUUUGUUAUAAUAAUAUGAGACGGCGAGGUGACAUACCGAAGACUACCUCAUUGCUGUAAAAUCGUGGAACUAGGGCGUUUUGCACUUUAAACAUGAUGUGUAUGUUCACGAUACGCAAGUUACUGAAUUACAUCGAAAUAUUGAUAUUGAGUGAAUACGUGUUUUGGCAGUUUAACAAAGUUCAUUUUAAUGUAAACGGCUCUCCGGCUUUUGCAGCAUUCUUGUUCAAGUCGCACGUGUGCUACGGCGACUUGGGGUGUUUCUCACAACAUGGCGGAUUCGACAAUGCGAUGGGUGAACUGCCAGCGUCGCCCGAGCAAGUGCAUGUGACAAUGAACCUGUUCUCCCGCGAUAAUCCAGUGGAUGGGCAGAUACUGUCAUACCAGGAUACAACGUCGAUCUCGGACAGCAACUUCAACAGCGAGAGGGAUGUCAAGGUCAUCAUACACGGUUACCACAGCUACGGACGCGCCCCCUGGGUGCUGAAUAUGACCAAGUAUCUUCUAGACCUGGGUGACUUCAACGUGAUAGUAGUGGACUGGAAGAAUGGCGCCAAUGACAUAUACUACCCGGAGAGUGCAGCCAACACGCGCGUUGUCGGAGCAAUAGUCGCGAAACUGGUGUCGAUCCUCCAUGACGAGUAUCAAGUCGACUUGAAAAACGUCCAUCUGAUUGGCCACAGUCUUGGCGCACACGUGUGUGGUUACAUUGGCACCAGAGUCCCGGGUAUUGGGCGAAUCACAGGACUCGACCCGGCCGGCCCUCUCUUCAACAAGGCGAAGACUAUCGCUCGAUUGGAUCCGUCCGACGCCAUUUUCGUCGACAACAUACACACAGAUGCAGAACCAAUUUAUGAUGCAGGUUUGGGAACACUAGCUGCUUGGGGACAUAUUGACUUCUAUCCUAAUGGGGGAAAACACCAAGAUGGUUGUCCUUACGCUGUGUACAAUAGUUUAGAAGAUGUUAUCCACUUUCAUUUCAGCGAAAUAAAGAAUGACGUGGUCUGCAGUCACAUACGAUCUCACGACUACUUCACGGAGUCGCUAACUCAAAGCGAUUGCCAGUUCGUCGCUUACCCAUGUACGUCAUAUGAAGACUUCACUUCCGGUAAAUGCACUUCCUGCGGUUCAUCGCCAUGUCCAAUCAUGGGCUAUUUUUCCGAAAAGUACAAAAGAACUGGAAAAUUCUACCUUAAUACACACAAAGAGGCGCCUUUUUGUAAGAAGAAUAUGCAAUGAUGAACGAAUGUUACGACGCCAUUAGCAACAUUAUCAGAAGACCAGGACUUCACCAUACACAAAGAUGUUUUCGGAAUUAAAAUAUUAACCUCGA